UAUGCGCGUCUGUAAUUUUCGCCGCGCGUUUGAACGGAACUUUUAUUUUGGUGUGGCGCUGUGACGUCACAAGGCGGCGUCGCGCUCCUGCAUUUGUUGUGAUUCGACUGAAAAACGAGUGUUGAAGAACACCGAAAGUAAAGCUACUGAGAUCCAUGCGACGUAAAGAUGGCGUCUGUUAAAGAGGAGAGUGAAGACAUUAAGAUUGAAGAUACUGAGGAACAAACAGAUCUGAUGCCGCAGAAAGAGGAGAGUGAAGUACUUGAUGGAAUGAAAGAAGAAGGUCAAAGAAAGAAAAAUCGUGAUAUCGUAACUGAAGAAAUAUCUGAAAAGCCUUCCUUCCAAAAAAGUAAUUUCACCUGCCAAAAGUGUGGAAAGGGUUUCUCUUUAAAGGCAAGCCUGAAACGCCACAUUGAUGCUCACUCUGGAAAGAGGCCUUACGCCUGCCCACAGUGUGGAAAGUGUUUCAAUAGAAAAGGAACCCUUGAAGACCACAUGAGUAUUCACACUAAAGAAAAGCCUUAUACGUGCCCUCAGUGUGGAAACUGUUUCACUCAGCAAGGAAAUUUUAACAGGCACAUGAGAGUUCACACUGGAGAGAAGCCUUACGCCUGCAAACUGUGUGAAAAGAGCUUUACAACAAAACUAAACCUUAAGUAUCAUAUAAACAGUCACACUGGUGAGACGCCAUUUACAUGUGAUCAGUGUGAAAGAAGCUUCCGAUAUAAGGUAACCCUUAAAAGGCACAUGAAGGUUCACUUAAGAGAGAGCAGUUUUACAUGUCAUCAGUGUGGAAUGAGUUUCUCAGACAGCAAAACCCUUACGAAUCAUAUGAUUACUCACACUGGAGAGAAACCACACAUGUGCCUUCAAUGUGGAAAGACUUGCUCAAACAAUACAAAUCUGGCUGUUCACAUGAGAGUUCACACUGGAGAGAAGCCUUUCACUUGCCCUCAGUGUGGAAGGAGCUUCAGAUUCAUUGGAAACUUACAGACUCACAUGAGAGUUCACACCGGAGAGAGGCCUUACAUCUGCCCUCAUUGUGGAAACCGCUUCAGAUUUAUUGGAAACUUUCAGGUUCACAUGAGAAUUCACACAGGAGAGAGACCUUACAAGUGUCUUGAGUGUGACGAGAGUUUCUCAUAUCAGAGAGACCUGAAACACCAUCUGCUGACUCAUUCUGGAAAAGAAUUCUAGUGUUUCUUUAGUGCCAAGAGAUUUACAAAAUAGAACAAUUUCAAAAAUCACCUGCCAUUCAGUCUAGAGAAUAGCAAAUUGUGAAAUACAAUUUGGCUCUGCAAUUUAAAUGGGACUAGAAAAUACUAGUAAUGCUGUAAAAUGUCAACAAGUUUCAAAUAUGAAUAGUUGUGAGUAGGGAUGCACAAUAUUUUAUAUUUGCCGUUAUUUUUCAACUACCGUAUUUUCCGGACUGUAAGUCGCACUUUUUUUCAUAGUUUGGCUGGUCCUGCGACUUAUAGUCAGGCGCGACUUAUUUUUCAGAAUUAAUUUGACAUGAAUCGAGAGAAAUGAACCAAGAGAAAAAAUUACUGUCUACAGCCGCAAGAGGGCGCUCUAUGCUGCUCAUUGCUCCUGUA